CCCACACACACACCCUCCCCUCUUUCUAUACUCGGCUUUUCCACCCAUCCCCAGCCGGUCUCCUCCCUGCCUCUCCUCCUACCACCAUCUGUCCUUCCUCUGAUUUGUCCGUCUUUCGUGUUAUUUCGUCACAAUGUCCGGCCCCCCGGGUGCCCGGUUUCCCGAACUCGAUGAGCAUGGUCUCUUUUCCUCCGAUGAGGAGAAUUUCUUGCCAUCUGGGCUCUUUCAAUCUGUCGAUCCCACCGGCUCUCUGAUGGCACCCCCAUCGACAGGAACCAUGGAGCCCGGUGUCCCCGGUGCUCCUGCCAGCCUUGGUGAGCUUGGGGACACCAAAGCAGAGCACCCGACUCCGGCAGAUGCGACCUCUGGCAGCCAGCUGGACCUGAGCAACCUUGAUACCAUCGGGUUGGAGUUCGCUCGAGCUGCUGGACUCCUUGAGCCGAUGCCGGAGGCUGUGGCGGAGCCUCCCCCGCCGGAUGCCCUUCCUGGGGCGACUCACGGGGCGACUCUCUCCUCCGAGGAAAGUGUCUCUCCCGGGGCGCAGGACUUCCGCUUGAUGCUGCGCGCAUGGCAAAAUGAGCUCCACGCGCCGGAGAUUCUCCCAUGGGCUGGAGGGCCCUUCGGGCGCCUUUUCCAGUCGAUACGCGAGCAGCGUGAUGUUAUCGACGAUCUGAAGGCCGGUGGCACCGAGGACGCCUUCAUUGCGGUCAUCAUGCAGACCGAUUUGGAACGCGUCAAGUAUGUCCUCCGGGCGUACGUCAAAGCGCGACUGAGCAAGAUCAACCAGUUCUGCCACAAUAUUCUCUUCCAGCCGGUACUGCGCGAGCGCUUGACCCCUCGCGAGCGUGCUUAUGCCCGCCGCAUGCAAACCAUCUGGGACUCGCAUAUCUUGUCGUCGGCUGUCGGGGCUCUCCCGCCCCUCUUUGCCAAAUUGGAGGAUCCCCAUCACUCCAACAUGAUCCGCACGCCAAACCUCGAUGCGUUGGUAUUCGUCAGAGCCCUCACUCCAGAGGGUGUCACCCUCGAAAUUGAAGACGGCGCCAAGGAAGUGAAUCUUCUUCAGGGCGGCAUUUCGACCGUCACAUAUGCGGAAAUCGAGGAACUCCUCCUCCAGAGCCAGGUAGAGCUCCUGUGAUAUGUUCUCCACACUCAACCGUCUCUUCCUUUCCCUCCCACUGUGGCCCUUUCUUUCCCGUUUGCCUCUCCCAUUUCUAUCCGAUCAGAUCGUGUCCUUGUGUAUUCCGUUGCCCGCCCCCGGCCGGUAUGGGCACAUUGUGGUGACCAUCACUGUGCCUUGAAUUGAGCGCUGUUUUCC